GGGCCCGCGCGGCCGGGGGCGCCGCUGCCCAUCUUCCGCUGGGAGCAGAUCCGCCAGCACAACCUGCCGGGCGACAAGUGGCUGGUCCUCGAGCGCCGGGUCUACGACAUCAGCCGCUGGGCACAGCGGCACCCCGGGGGCAGCCGCCUCAUCGGCCACCACGGCGCCGAGGACGCCACGGACGCCUUCCACGCCUUCCACCAGGACCUCAAUUUUGUGCGCAAAUUCCUGCAGCCCCUGCUGAUUGGGGAGCUGGCCCCCGAGGAGCCCAGCCAGGAUGGAUCCCAGAAUGCCCAGCUGAUCGAGGACUUCCGAGCUCUUCGCCAGGCAGCCGAGGACAUGAAGCUGUUUGAGGCGGAGCCUUCCUUCUUCGCGCUGCUGCUGGGCCACAUCCUGGCCAUGGAGGCACUGGCCUGGCUCGCCAUCUACCUCCUCGGCCCCGGCUGGGUGCCCAGCACCCUCGCUGCCCUGGUCCUGGCCAUCUCCCAGGCUCAGUGCUGGUGUCUGCAGCACGACCUGGGCCACGCCUCGGUCUUCAGGAAGUCCCGGUGGAACCACGUGGCCCAGCAGUUUGUGAUGGGGCAGCUGAAGGGCUUCUCUGCCCACUGGUGGAACUUCCGCCACUUCCAGCACCACGCCAAGCCCAACAUCUUCCACAAGGACCCCGACGUGACCGUGGCGCCGGUCUUCCUGCUGGGGGAGUCGUCCAUCGAGUACGGCAAGAAGAAGCGCAGAUACCUGCCCUACAACCACCAGCACCUGUACUUCUUCCUGAUCGGCCCGCCGCUGCUAACCCUGGUGAACUUCGAGGUGGAAAACCUGGCGUACAUGCUGGUGUGCAUGCAGUGGACGGACUUGCUCUGGGCUGCCAGCUUCUACCUCCGGUUCUUCUUGUCCUACAUCCCCUUCUAUGGUGUUCCCGGGGCGCUGCUCCUCUUUGUGGCCGUCAGGGUCCUGGAGAGCCACUGGUUCGUGUGGAUCACGCAGAUGAACCACAUCCCCAAGGAGAUCGGCCACGAGAAGCACCGAGACUGGGCCAGCUCACAGCUGGCCGCCACCUGCAAUGUGGAGCCCUCGCUCUUCAACGACUGGUUCAGCGGGCACCUCAACUUCCAGAUCGAGCACCACCUCUUCCCCACCAUGCCAAGGCACAACUACCGCAGGGUCGCCCCACUGGUCAAGGCUCUGUGUGCCAAGCACGGCCUCAACUACGAAGUGAAGCCCUUCCUCACCGCCCUGGUGGACAUCAUUGGGUCCCUGAAGAAGUCUGGUGACGUCUGGCUAGAGGCUUACCUCCACCAGUGAGGGGCCCACCGACGGGCCCCAGCAGGCCUCACAACCCCCGCGGGGACCCUGCCUGCCUCCCUGGUCCUGCUCUCUUCCCUGGCCCCUGGCCCGCCUGCUCAGCAGCUCUGAGCCCUUGGCUAAGGGGAUGGUACAUAAAAAUCACAUGGUGAGCAUGACAUGUUUUCCUAGAGCGAAAAUCGGGGGGAAACUGUUAUUUUUAUAUAAAAACAAAUCAGAUAUA